CCCGUGAGGAGCCCACCGGUUGGGAGAAGGGACUAUUGACAUCCAGAGCCGACCCUCGUCCCGUUCACGAACCAAAGAAGCCUUCGGAAGUGGAAAGCCCUAAGUCCGCAGGGCACCCCGGCUCUGCGGCAGGGGACUAUUCGGAGCCCGAGGCGCGACCCAGCCACCCAGAUGGGAGCGGGUAUGUCCCGUAUCAAGGAGUCCCGGGGACGGAGUCUCAUGCCACGGACCCAGACGUGGCCGCAGAAGUGAAACGCGCCCACACCGAGGAAGGGGAGCCCCUCCAGAAAGCCCCGGAGAUAGUGGCAACUUCUCCACACUCCCAGCAGCAGCUACUGCAGGAUUCCCCUGUUUUCCCUGCAAGCGAUAUCCCCCGUAUCACGUCCCGAGAGGACCACCCCGCUGGGAAGUCAAUCGAGGUCUCUGCUGGAAAGGAGGGUGCUGAAGAUGCCAGGAUCUUGGCAGAAAAGGCGGGGCCUUCCCCCUCUCCCCCUAGCGAUCGCCCCCUUCCGGCGCAAGGGGAAUCGCACCACGUCCUGAGGAACCACAGCGCCUCUCCAGGGUGGAAAGGACUCGGGACGGAGAAGCGCCACGAAGCCACGCCAGAGCUGCCUCGUCGUCCCAAUAGCAGCUCCACGGACCCACAGGCCACCGCAGGGCACGCUAACCACCCACCCUACAGGCAAGCCAGGCCCCGGAACCACCGGCAGAACGAGCCCCGGACAAACUUCCGUGGCUCCAGGCCACCACACAGCCUCUACGUGGACCGGCCCGUGGCAGCUCGGCCGGUUGAGCCGGACUUUUGGAUGCUGCGCCGGGGCAACCCCGUCCAGUUCCACGGCUGGGGCCAAGCACCACGGAGCAGCCCACAGCCAGGAGCCGAAGGAUCACAGUGGAAUCUGUACUCCCCAGGCACGGAAACCUUCCACUGCGAGGGGGAAAGCAAGCAGCUCAAGGCCUGCCAACAAGAGCCAUGCCCGCCCGACCGCUCGGAUCCGCGCUCCGUUCAGUGUGCCGCCUACAACAACCAGGAAUUCAUGGGCCGCUUCUACCAGUGGGAACCCUUCCGGGACGUGCGGGGCGCCCAGCGCUGCGAGCUCAACUGCCGCCCCAUCGGGUACCGUUUCUACGUGAGGCAUACAGAGAAGGUGCUGGACGGCACACCGUGUGAGGCCGGCUCCCCAGAUAUCUGCGUGGCCGGGCAGUGUCUCAUGCCCGGCUGCGAUGGGAUCCUGGGUUCCAACCGCACGCUGGACAGCUGCGGCGUUUGCGGGGGAGACCACACCACGUGCAAGCUGGUGGUCGGCAACUUCAGCGACACGGACGUGCCCAUCGGGUACCAUCGCAUCUUGGAGAUCCCAGAGGGGGCCACCCACAUUUUGGUCAAGGAAAUGACCCGCAGUCCCAACUAUCUGGCCCUCCGGAGUCGCAGUGGCAAAUCCAUUAUCAACGGAAACUGGGCCGUGAACCCCCCCGGGCGCUACGAGGCUGCGGGCACCAUCUUUGUGUACAGCCGGCCCGAGAGCGACCGACGAGAAGGAGAGUCGCUGACGGCAGAGGGACCGACCACAGAACCCAUAGAUGUGUAUAUGAUCUUCCAACAAGAUAACCCCGGUGUCUCCUACCAGUUCUUCGUGUCCUUGGCCCAGCCAGAUAACUCCGCUGCUGACGUCCACAACCCUCGUCAGGAGUUUGGUGCCCGGGCCCUGGUAUCUACUGGACACCCAAUGGAGCCUUCUGCCUCUCGUGUUCGCCCAGGGCUGCUGCAGACGCAGAGCCAUGUUCCAGCUCAGCCUCCAAUCCCACCCAGCCAUUCCAGAAGGAGCCACGUUGUCGUCCCGCCUCCGGUCUCCUCCAGCCAAUCCGGGAGGAGCCACGUUGUCGUCCCGCCUCCGGUCUCCUCCAGCCAAUCCGGGAGGAGCCCUGGAACUCUGCAGCGGAACAUCCGAGUUCCGCCACAGUUGCCGCCACCACCUCCCAUCCAACACAACUCAGAGGUGGCGCGUGAAUUUUAUUGGCAGCAGAUUGGCUACACUGAGUGUUCCGCCACCUGUGGAAAGGGUGAGUCCAGGGAGUGUGGAGUACUUACUGGUUGUUUAUUUAUUUAG